GAGUGUUUUCGUUUUCAUAGCCAAUUUUUGUUGAUUAAAUAAAUUAGGUGGUGGUGAGUGGGCUACGCACUCACCGUUGCAGUUCGUAGCAUCGCCUAUGAGAGCAAUAAACAUUGCAAUAUUGUUGCUCCAGUUUGGCACAUGGCAUUUUUAUCUAGGCUGACACUAACACACACACAAAACAUUGGCAGACACUCACACUGCGCCGCCUCAGAUCUGAGCAGGCAAACUGCACAUACUUUUGUUUAUAUACGAAAAUUCUUGCAGAAUCUUCGUUUUGCCGAUAUUGAAGUUUGAUGAAUUACCGUUGCCGGCGUCAUCGAUAUGGCGGUCAAGGUGCAGUUCGAAAUUGGUCAUACAUCAAAGCUCCGCAGCAAGAAACAUCCACAGGCCUUCACCCACGACUGGGAGAUAUAUGUACAGGGCGUGAACAAGGCAGACAUAAGUGCAUUCGUUGACAAGGUCGUCUUUAUACUCCACGAAUCAUUUCCCAAGCCAAAGCGUGUAAUCAAAGAGCCACCGUAUGUCAUACAGGAGUCGGGCUAUGCCGGUUUCAUACUCCCCGUCGAGAUCUAUUUUCGCAAUCGAGACGAGCCUAAGCGCAUCAUGUAUCAAUAUGAUUUGGAUCUGCAGCAGACGGGGCCACCACAUCAUCGGGUCGAAGUUAAGACGCAUGUCUUUGAGGCGCCCUCGGAGGAGUUUCGAGCGAAGCUAAUGCGCGGUGGCGGUGUACCCGUCUUUGGGGCUAACAUUGCUGCAGCCGGCAAUCUCAGUCGAACACUUUCGCCCAGCGUUGGCGGUGGCAGUGAUCUACCCGGAUCUGAGUUGGCGGUGGUCAAGGCAAAGGGCGGUGGCGGCAGCAUCGUGAUAGAUUCCGGACCUGGUUCCGGAUCCAGCAAAAAGCAUAAACCACGCAAUGAUGAUACCGGCAAGGUCAGCACUUUCUCAGCACUAUUUGGCACGCCCAUUACCAAAGGAAGUACCGCCAUGGCAGUUGCGAAUCUGCCAGCGAUAACAGCGUCAAAGCAUUCACCAGAUGCAAAGGGGCAAGCUGGCUCUGGGAGCGCUAAAACCGCAUCACAUGAUGCCAAGGAGAAGUCAAGCAAGGAGCGGGACAAAUCAAAUAGCUCGGAGAAGCCCCGCGAUAAGGACAAGAAAGAUCGUCAUGGCCGCGACAAGGAGCGCAAGUCCGGUAAAUCCGGAGAAAGCAGCAGCAGCAAACACGACAAGGAGAAGGAAAAGUCUAAAAAGGACAAAACACGGGACAAGGAACGUGAACGUGAGCAAAGCAACAGCAGCAGCGUUGUAAGUGCAGCUGCGAGUGCAUUAGUCAGACGCACAGUCAGCCCCAAGGCGGGGGCCAGAAGCAGUCUAGCCGAGAUGAGCCCCAAGAAGCUGUCGGCUGACAGCGCUGCUGCCACGCCCAGCUCUCGCUCCAAGGACCGGGAAGAGCAUAAGUCGUCGGGCAAAUCGGAGUCGAAGGACAAGGAGCGCAGCUCCAACAAAAAAUCCAAGAAAGAGAAAAAAGACAAGGAGCGCGAGCGCGAGCGGGAAAGAGAGCGGGAGCGGGAACGAGACAAGCAGCGGGAUGAACGCGACAAGGAGAAACGUGCGCCCAAAGAUGAUCGAGGAGGACACGGAGACAGUCCGGCAACAAAUAGCAGCAAUAACAUAACGCAACCAUCACAGUCGCAACAAUCUCAAGCCAACUACGAUACUCUUAAGGCAACGGGCAAGGCCACGCCGAAUUCGCUGGGCAGCAGCGCCAGUGCGAGUAGUCUGGCCUCCAGCAGUGGCAAGCGUGCCCACGAUAAAGAGGAGGUGUCAGUGCCUGCCUCACAGUCAGCUGCAACGUCCUCAAAAGUCGCCGAGAAAGCGGCGGAUACCAAAGGUGACAAGGCGACGAGCAGCAAUGGAAGCGGCACCACGGAGAAAAAAUCACACAAGCACAAGAAGAAGGACAAGAGCAAAGAUAAAGACAAGGAUAAGGAUAAAGACAAGGAUAAGGACAAAGACAAGGAGCGAAGCGAUCGCGACAAAGAGAAGGAAAAAGAACGCGACAAGGACAAGUCCAAGGAGCGUGAAAAGGAUAAAUUACAGCAGCAGCAACCGAAUGCAACAGAGAAGCCAUUACCAACGCCUGUAGCAGCAUCUGAGCCCUCACCCAAAACGGAACUCAACAGCCAGCAGACUGAACCGAGCGCUGAGAAAACUGUAGCCGUGAUUAGCAAAAAGGAGAAGCACAAGAAAUCUAAGGAGAAAACCGCCAGCAAGGAUGAGAAACGACAACGUGAGGCAGACUCCAAGCACAGUAACAAACAGCAGGCAACGGCAACAGCAACGACAACGUCAACAACUGUUGCUUCAACUGGUCCGACGCAGGCACAGAUCAAGGCGCCAAGUAAUUUGGAUUUGAGCGAUAUGGACUCGGCCCAAUCGGCACCAGACUUGGCCGCAACCAAUGCCCUGGCAGCAGCAACAGCUGCCACGUUACAGCACUCAGAUAGCUCCAACAGCAGCUUUCCCGAUUUGCCGGCGAAGAGCAGCCAACAGAAGAGCGCAAAGAAUGCACAGAAUACAGCGCAUGGUAAGGAUAAUAAAACUGCUGGCAAGGAGCCCAAAGUCAAAUCGAAGCUUGCCGAAAAGUCUGAAAAGACUGAAAAGUUGGACAAAUCACCAGAGGCCAAGGCAGAGAAGUUGGACAAGGCGGACCUCAAGGAGGAAAAGAAACGGAAUCGACGCAAUUCACAGAAUAGCAACAGCGGCAGCACAAUUGCCAGCUCCACAUUCAUUGAGCCACCUCUCAAGACCACAAAGAAAGAGCCGCCAGCGAAGGCGACGCGUGAGAAAUCCAAGUCGCCAUCGUUGCGACAGGCGGCAGCUUCAGUGGCUUCCAAUAACAUUGGAUCUUCGCCAAGCAAUCACAUAAACAAUAACAGUUGUCCGGCAAUAAUUAACAACAUUAGCAAUAGUGGGCAUUCGCCUGCAGAGCAACUCAAUCCACCGCUGAGCAGUGGUGGCGGCAACAAUACUCCAUUGCCAACAGAAUACCUGACUGAACUGCAGGAGCUGCAUCACAAGAUCAUGACGUUGCAGGACAAUGAGGAGCUUCAGCAAGUUGUCGAAAUGAUUGCCGCAACCGGUUGCUAUGAGAUCACGCAUAAGACAUUUGACUUUGAUUUGUGCAAAUUGGAUCGGGGCACAGUGCAGCGGUUGCAGGAGUUCCUUGCGACAUCGGUGUCGUGACACCAAAUAACAACAGCAACAACAACAACAGCAGCAACUGCCGCCUAUAGCUAAGCGAGAUGCACCCAAAAAACAAAUCUCUCAUGCACAUAACCAAAUAAUCAUUACAUUAACAAUUCUAGUUUAUACAUUUAAAAUGCAAUACGAAAUUCCCCGAUUCCCGAAAUUAUUCUAUACAUAGUUACACUCCAAGUUACAUUGGCAUCGUGUAUGUGUGUAUUAUAAUGUGCUGCACAUAUGCUUGUCUGGUUAGUUAUAUAAGUUGUGUGCGUGUGUGUAUUAUUUAUAAUGAGGAUAAGGAAGUGGAAUCUAAACUGAAAAGUAACUAUGCGAUACUUUUUGAGAAGGCGCACACAAAGAUUACACGCCCACUCAGUGCAAGGCUAUCUACUAGAUACUACAUUACAAUUACAAUUUAUAAUUAUACAAUUAAUAUUAUAUUACACAUCUAAUCUAAAAAAAAUGUCUGUUUCGAUUCUAAUAUACAUUUAUUAGUUUCCUAUUCGUUUGUAACAUUUUGAUGCUAUUUUUCAAUAAAUAAUUUAUUGAUUUUUUUUUUAAUUUUUCUACAAA